UUAAAUUAAUCAACAUCCGGGUGAACUGUCAUAGAGCGGCUUAUGCUAAUGCUAAUGCUCAUCCUCGAGUGAGAACACAGCAUGUAAAUUGACUGUAUCCCAACACAUGGCAUCUCAGAUCCCGAUUACGAUCAAGAGCCAGCAGUUGGCCGCCGGCCCUGCAGCACUGCGGGGGAAGAAACGUCCCGGUAGUCCGGCGGUGUCCGCCGCCCAGCCAACCGGCGGGGGCACCAAGAAGAAGAAAGCUCCGCUAAUGAUGACACAACUCGCACCGAAUCAGAUGUCAGUGGUAGAAGUUGUCCCUGACAUGAAGCCGGUUGGAUUGGUGGAGACCACGCCGUUAACAAGCACCAGCACAGAAGGCACAGUAAAGCCACCACCUUUCAAGGACCCUUCAUUUAUGCACUCUGGGAUCGGCGGAGCGGCAGCUGGCAAAAAGAACAGAACCUGGAAGAAUCUCAAACAAAUUCUGGUUCUGGAACGUACUCUACCCUGGACGCUCGAUGACCCGAACUACUACAACAUUGAUGCUCCUCCCUCUCUGAAACCAUCCAAAAAAUACUCGGACAUCUCGGGACUACCCGCAAGUUACACAGACCCGCAGACCAAACUUCGCUUCACCUCCACAGAGGAAUUCUCCUACAUCCGCCUCCUUCCCACAGAUGUCGUCACAGGUUACCUGGCCCUGCGGAAGGCAACUUGCAUCGUACCCUGACAGACAAGUCAGAAUUGGAUGCUUAAGAUUGCCGGGAAAUUCCCAACAAGCGGAGCCCCAGAAUGUGUGAAUAGCACAGAAAGGACAAGAAGAUUUUUUACCUUGUUUUGCUGUGUUUCAUUCGUUCUGUUCAUUUCAUCUGUGUGUUGAAUAGAUGGCAACUGGGCAGUUGUGGUUGUCUUCCCUCUUAUUCCUGCAGGCUUCGUCAGUUCAUGCACCAAGGCGAGAUGGGACACUUGCAAUGCUAUGUGCGCCCCCUGGUGGAUCUGGUGAAUGUUCACUGUGAAAAAAAAAAACUGUACAUAAGUCCAAAUAAAACACCCACUUUGGCUCUUUAUGCUGAAACAAGUUCACAUCCAUCCAUGAUGUUAGUCAAUUUGGAAUGUUUAGUGAAUUAUUUCACAGUUACAAAAAAUAAAUAAAAGUGAAUUCCUGAA